GUUCGCUGGGGCGACCUCUAAAGGAACAGCUGAAGGACGACCUGAGAAAAUGUCUGUGGGAUUAACGUCACACAUUCAAUUUAAAGACAGAAACGAGACCGUAUUUACUUCUUUAACCUCUCUCUGCUCACCUGCAGGGGGGUGUGUCUAAUCUGGACUAAGCUACACUGUCUCCUCUUCCACAGAGCGAACCGUCCAAUCAGAGGCCCGAUGAGACGAGAGCAGUUAAUCCACCGCACAGAGCGCCGAGCAGCACGCGUGCUCUGGACAGAUGAACGAGUCAGGGUGAAACGGUGUGAGCGGCAGCAUGAUGGCGAUCAACAAGUCUGAAGAAGACAUGAGCAACUGCAGCAUCGACCAUCAGAUCCACCAGCACGUGUUCUCCUGCGUCUACAUCCUGGUGCUCAUGGUUGGCGUUCCUGCCAACGUGUACUCGCUGUACCACGCUGCCCUUCAGCUGAAGCAGAGGAACGAGCUGGGAGUUUACCUGAUGAACCUCACUGUGUCUGACCUGCUGUACCUGGCGUCUCUGCCUUUCUGGCUCCAGUACUUCUUUCAGGACGAUGAUUGGCGUCACCGAGAGUGGCUGUGCCAGAUGUGUGGUUUCCUGCUGUACGAGAACAUCUACAUCAGCAUCGGCUUCCUGUGCUGCAUCAGUCUGGAUCGCUACCUGGCUGUGGUCCAUCCUUUGAGGUUCACGGCUCUGCGCUCCAUGAAAGCAGCGUCCAUCAUCAGCGCCAUCAUCUGGCUGAAGGAGAUCGCGGUGGGCGUGUUUUUCUUUCACCAUAAGGAGCUCAGCCAAGAUCCCAACAACCACUCGCUGUGCUUCGAGCACUACCCCAUGAAGUCGUGGGAACGUCCAAUCAACUACUACCGCAUCAGCGUCGGCUUCACGUUCCCGCUCGCCAUUCUGUUGAUCAGCUACCUGUGGGUCCUGCGCGCGGUGGGCCGGAGCGCGGGAACGCAGCCGGAUCAGAAGACGAGGAUCAGGCAGUUAGUCAGCAGCACCAUCCUCAUCUUCCUCGUCUGCUUCUCGCCCUACCACAUCUUCCUGCUGGUGCGCACGCUGCUGGAGGAGGAGUGCAGCUUCAUCGAAGCCAUAUUUAACUACUACCACCUGUCCCUGCUGCUCACCACCCUGAACUGCGUGGCCGACCCCGUCCUCUACUGCUUCGUCAGCGAAAGCGCCCGCCGCGGCCUCUACAGAGUCGUCUUCAGACCCGUCGCCAGGAUACUCUGCUGCUGCUGUCGCCGUGGCAACGCCAGUCCCGCCAGUCCGGCUAACGACUCCCACGAGGUCGCCACGGACGAGAACAACGGUCAGCCGAACGUGACGCUGCUCACACACAACAAUACGCUGAACAACGGCCAAACGGACGCCGCCUGCAGAAACACGAGUCUAAUCACACGGGUGCACGAAGAAAGCAUCAAAGCUCGAGUCGCAGAGAAGAACACGACCUUGGAAAUGUGCGUGACGGAGAAACAAAACCCCGACAGGACGGAGGCACGUGGGCAGAAAUGAAACGAUCAGCACGC